UUCAGGCGGGCAACGAUGUGACCGAUGGCGAUGCGCCAACUUCGUCUUCCAAUCAGCCUAAGAAGCAACCAAAGAAGGGAACAAUUGAACAAACGUACCAGAAAAAGUCACAAUUGGAACAUGUCUUGCUUAGGCCUGAUACCUACAUUGGAUCUGUGGAAAAGGUAUCUGAAAACAUGUGGAUAUACGAUGAUGAAAAAAAAAUGAUUGUGCAGAAACAGAUCGAGUAUGUACCCGGUUUAUAUAAAAUUUUUGAUGAAAUUCUGGUCAAUGCAGCCGAUAAUAAGCAAAGAGAUAAGAAAAUGGAUUGUAUUCGAAUUGAAAUAAAACCGGAGGAAAAUAAAAUUUCUAUUUGGAAUAAUGGACAAGGCAUACCGGUUGUGAUGCAUCAGGAUGAGAAAAUGUUUGUCCCUACACUUAUUUUUGGUCACUUACUUACAUCAUCAAACUACGAUGAUUCAGAAGAAAAAGUAACCGGUGGCAGAAACGGUUACGGUGCCAAACUUUGCAAUAUAUUCAGCAGUAAAUUCACUGUCGAAACUGCUUCUAAACAAUAUAAAAAUCAAUUUAGGCAGAGCUGGGCAGAUAAUAUGUCGAAGGCCUCACAGCCAAUAGUAAAGGAAUUCUUUGGAGAAGAUUUCACUAAAAUUACCUUUCAACCAGAUUUGGCCAAAUUUAAAAUGGAAAAACUUGAUGACGAUAUUGUUG